UAACAUCUUGUUGUUGUCGCUAAUCUGUCACUAAUGAUGCAGCCCUUUGUUGUUGUUUUUUCUGGACAGGAAUGGGCGGAGAAGAGGCGACAAAACAUUGAGAAGAUGAAUGAAGAGAUGGAAAAAAUGGCAGAGUAUGAGAGAGGACAGCGGCCGGAUGGAGACAAGCCGCUCCGUAACUUCCUGGACGACCCGAGACGUUCAGGCCCGGCACCAGACAUAGACCGCAAAGAGGGCAGCAGGAGACAUGUCCGGAACUGGGGAGGGCUGGACUUUGAUAAUGUGAAGACAAGGGCCGAACUGGAGAAAGAGUGGACUAGUCGAAGGCCUGGACCGAAAGGCUCCACGGACAUGACCAUGUCCAUGACCGGCCGGGAGAGAGCAGAGUACCUGUGCUGGAAGAAGGAGCGUGAGCAGAUUGACGAGGAGAGACUAGCACGCCAUCGUAACGCCACGGGCCAGUGGAGACGAGAGUGGGAUGCACAGAAGACAGAGAACAUGUUCAAGGAGGACCCAUAUGCGGCCUCAGAGGGCAUCACACCCGAGCAAGGCGGCAGGAGAGCCCGGGGGCGUAACUCUCGUACAGAGCCUCGGGGCAGGGCCUCAGACGACAGCAAGCGGCCUCCGAAAGCUUCGUCAUUUGGUGACUUCCUGUCCCAGGGCAGGACCCCGGGGCAGCGAGGCGACCGGGGAGGAGGGAGGGGCCGAGGACAGAAACCGAGCUACAGCAUGCAUGAUAACCGCUGGGAAGGAGAAAGGGAAGAGGAGGAGAAGGAGGACAAGACGAAGAGAGAGGAGAAGACUAAAAAGAAGGAGAAAGAGGAAAUAAAAAACAAACCUCCCGCAGCACAGAAGGUACAGGAGCUUCAUCUGUAUUAAUAAUGCAUGCUGGAGUCAGACCCAGACUGGGAACAGAUUUGAUAUAAGUUUCAUUUAGAACGAAGAAAAAUCCUGAAAAAGUGGAACUCGAAGCAAUUAUUUCAUUAAGAAAGUGCUUUAAAUAGUUGACACAUUUAAAAUGUCUAUUAAUAAAGAUGAAUUCACCCAACUCUGCAGUUCCCCCUCACUCUUUAGGGUGUUUCAGUGUCUUCCAGCUCUGAUAGCGUUAACACCCCCACUGUACUGCUGCAACAAACGGCAGAGGGACAAAGUUGUGAACUAGCUGGUGAACAUAGUGCAGCGGUUAGCAGCUACUUAGCCAGAUAGUUGGUAGAGACCAAACCUAAAAGCUCAACAAAGAAAUGAUUUAAAUGGUGAUUGUGUAAAUUGACAACCUGUAUGCAAACAGGUUCACUGAAUCAACGGCUCAUUUUGCUGCCCCCAAGUGACCAAAAACUCUUGUUGCAGGUUUUUAGAUUGCAAACUCUUUUCAAUUACUUUCCCAUAAACCUCUUCAAAUCUUUUCUCAGGCGGAGCCGAAGAAC